AUGGCCACCGACGCUUCCUACGCCGCCCAGCUCCUGCACCGCGGCGACGGCGACGGCGAAUGGUGCAACCUCGGCGCUGCCUACGCCGCCGUAAAGGUACUCCGCCCGCAGGGCCACUCCAUCAUCAUGUACUCCGGCCCCGACGGCCACCCCCACCAGCGGAUCAUCUUCGCGUACCCGAUCCUCCCCGGCGACGCCUUCGAGAGGCUGGAUGGAUCCACUCUCUCCUGGACGGAAUCCGGGUCCGGCAACGAGUUCGCGCUCUGCUUCCUCGACGAGGCCGCCUGCGCCGCGUUCUGCGGCGCCAUCUCCCCGGUCACGGCGGCGCUCGCCGCCCUGGACGGUGUCGCUGAAAGGCUCGCGGGGCUGCGCGUGGCCGAGGCGGAAGGGGCCGCCGCCGCCGGAGGGGAUAUUGCCGGCCGUCUCGCGCAGCUUAGCAUAGGCCGACGACAAUGAAUUUGGUUAGUAGGUUUUACCAUAUCACCGUCGUCUUAGCUUAACUCUGUACAAAAUCCUGUAAUUUUUUCUUCAGAAGUUUAUCUCGCUUUGUUUCAAGCCUGCAAUUCUCAAUGCAAAAGAACGAAAGAU